AUCGUUUUGAUUCUUCCCCAUUAAGCAUACUCCAUUCCUUUGUAUCAUUUGGUUCCUCAUUUCUUUGAUUUAGAAAAGAAACUUCAAUUUCUAGAUACCAAGUGUUAACCAAUUCUUUUGGCGUCUUUCUGCUUUCGUUUUUCGUUUGUAAUUGUUGUUUGGCCUUUUCAUAACGUUGGGAGUUCUUGAAAUUGUGUUUUAUUUCUUGCUCUUGAAUCUGUGAUGAUCAAGAUUGAGGACUCUAUUGCGUUUUGAUUGUUUUAAAUAUUGAGCCUGUUCUCUUUCAAAGCUCCGUGAGGAAGGCCUUAUUCUAAUCAUGGCUAUAUAUACCCUCCUCAAUUGUUGCAAGAAUAUGGGCAAGAUGCCCCUCCUUGUGUUCUUCAAAGACACAAGGAAUGUUUUCAAAGCUGAUGAGCUAGGCGUGGAGAUAAUACAUAUUGCACUUCCUACGCUACUAGCGUUAGUAGCAGAUCCUGCUGCUUCUCUAAUUGACACAGCAUUUGUUGGCCAUAUAGGUCCAGUGGAGCUCGCAGCUGUGGGAAUUUCUAUUGCUGUUUUCAAUCAAGUAUCAAAAAUAGCAAUUUUCCCACUUGUCAGUAUUACAACCUCUUUUGUUGCUGAAGAAGAUACUACGGAACCAUUAAGUACUAAGGAACAAGUAUAUGAAGAAUUUGAAAAUGCUACUUCUGUCAACAAGGAAAUGGAAGUACUCAAACCACUUGUUGACUCUACACCAUCAUCCAUUACCAAUGAUAGUACAGAAAUGGUCAAACUUGAGCAUGUCAGAAGGCGUAUUCCGUCUGCUUCAUCAGCAUUGGUUAUUGGCAGCGUCCUGGGGGUUAUUCAAACUCUAUUCCUAAUUUUUGCUGCAAACCCCAUCCUAAAUUACAUGGGGGUAGAUUCUAAUUCUCCCAUGUUAAGACCAGCGAGACAAUACCUGACACUAAGGGCCCUUGGUGCUCCUGCAGUUCUUCUCUCUUUGGCCAUGCAAGGGGUUUUCCGUGGUUUUAAGGAUACGAAAACUCCUUUAUAUGCUACAAUUGUGGGAGAUACAGUAAACAUCAUUUUGGACCCAAUAUUAAUGUUUGUACUCCAUAUGGGCAUUACCGGUGCAGCCAUUGCCCAUGUUAUCUCUCAGUAUUUAAUCUCCCUGAUACUGUUAUGGAGAUUAAACAAACAAGUUGAUCUCCUAACCCCAGGCAUCAAAGAUCUACGAAUUGGCCAGUUUCUGAAAAAUGGGGGUAUGUUAUUGGUGAGAGUUAUAGCUGCAACAUUCUGUGUCACCCUGGCAGCAUCAUUAGCUGCAAGGCAGGGAUCAACAUCAAUGGCAGCAUUUCAAGUUUGCUUGCAGAUUUGGCUUGCAGCCUCUUUGCUUGCGGAUGGGUUAGCUGUGGCUGGACAAGCAAUCCUUGCAAGUGCAUUUGCGAGGAAGGAUCACAGCAAGGUCGUUGCCACAGCUUCACGUGUAUUGCAGAUGGCUUUGGUUCUAGGGAUAGUGCUCUCAGUCAUCCUUACAGUUGUACUAAAGUUCGCGUCAAGAUUAUUUACCGAUGAUAUCAAUGUUUUGCACCUUAUAAGUUUAGGCAUUCCGUUUAUUGCAUUGACUCAGCCCGUUAAUGCUCUGGCAUUUGUUUUUGAUGGAGUAAAUUAUGGAGCAUCAGAUUUUGCAUAUUCUGCCUACUCAAUGGUGUUGGUGGCUUUAGUGAGCAUAUUGUGCCUGUUUCUAUUAUCAUCAAGCCAUGGCUUUGUUGGUAUCUGGGUUGCUUUAACAAUCUUCAUGAGUUUGCGCACAGUGGUUGGAUUUUGGAGGAUAGGGACUGGAACUGGACCAUGGAGCUUUCUGAGGGAGUAAUUGAAGCCUAAAUAUGCUUCUGCAUAAGAUGGUACAUCCUACUGUACAUAGGUAAUGAAAAAAAGGGAACACCAUCUUUCAUUGCUUACUCAAGUUGCUGAAAUGUAGCCUAUGUUUAAAGGGUUAGAAUGUGAACUGGAAAGUAGGAACCAACUGUUAUAGCCUAUAGUUUACUCAUGGAAAACAGUGACAGAUUUUGAAGUCGGUAUAUGUAAUUCUAGAUAGGAAUUCAGAAGUCCCCAUCCGAAUACAGGCCAACUCAGUGUACCUUUCAAUUUAUUGAUGUCUAUGUUCUUUUUAAGCCUAGCUU